UUAAAACUGCCAACUGUCAUUCUCUUUCUGCAGUCCUCCAACUCAGAAGCACUUCACCUCUUGGCUUUUAAAAGAACUGAACAUAGAUUUUUAUUAAUUGUUCAAUCGCUCGAAGAUCUCGAUGGAAAAAUCCAAAACCAAUCGUACAGGAAGAGGAGAGGAUGCACGACCACAUUCUAAACAACGGCCUCUUUCAGACAUGGGAUUGUAUAGCCAGAGUUCUCAUGAUCAUCAGUGGUCCACAGACUUCGUCCAGCCUUCAACUUCUGCUGUUAUAACUGUGAAGAAAAAUAAAAGCCAGCCCGAACCUCCAAAGCGAAGCAUCUCUCUGCCAAGACCUCAAACUGCCAUAAGGUCAACCAGCAAAUGCUACUCAUGUCCAGUUUUCGAGAUAACACCCCAGAUCGUCCCUCCAUUUCCAAUCAUCACAGCUCGUCCGUCCGCGCCUCUCAUCCAGACCUCCACGAUUACAGGUCCUGACCCCCUCGGCUGGAAGAUCCGACGCAAACCUGGCAACGAAUCAUCGCAACCUCGAGCUGGUCGGCUUUCGCUUCAGAUCCCUCUUUCAGAUAUGUACCGCGAACGAGAAUACCAAGGCCGUUCUAACCCCAAUUUCCUCGAGUACGAAGGCGGAAAAACAUCUCGACAUCUGAGACACAACUCGGACUCUUUGGCUUUUCUUAGAUCGUCCGGAACUGCUUUGCCGGUGACCAAAGAGGACUUGGGUACAGUUGAAUUGCGUCCUACUAAUAGUACAUCCUUUUCUGUUGCCGCGUUCGGGGAGAACGUAGAGAAGUCUGAGCAAAUGACCAAACAACCUCCGCCGGUUCCAGUGAAAACCGAAGUUGCAGUCCAGCUAGCAAAAUUGCUCGCUUUUUCACAAGAGAUAUCGAACUGUUCAGAGUAUGCACCAUCGAGAACAAUGCAGAUGACCAACGAGGAAAUGUGCAUGCAAGAAGAGUUUGAAGAGAGGCGGUGACAGGGAGACGGCUGCUACUCACUCCCCGCGCCGAGAAGACCAAAAGUGGGUUUGACAGAUUGUAGGCCUGCCAAAGAUACACCUGGCUCUCGAUUGUGAUUUGAGUUCCAGAAUAAAGCAGUAGGUGCAGAUGUUGUUUUUCUUUUUCUAUCAUUUUGUGGCUAUGAAUCUGCACAUUUCCAGACGUUUCGUGGAUUAAAAUACACACUGUUUGCUUUGUGUCUGAUAAAAUUGUACUGUUUUCUAAAUGUACAUAACUAUAACGUAACUAAUAUUUUAUCUUUUGUUAAAGGAACUCUAUGAAGAAUGUGCUCUUACAGUUUUAAAAAAGGUAUACAACAGUCACAACCAUUUUUUUUUCAAGAUAUGCCUCAUGUGAAAGCUCAUAACCUCCAGAAUUUCCUCAAUUUCUGGCUCCAUCGACUUUCUAUUGAAAAACUGUCACCCCUCUCUCUGUAACUGCUGCUGUCAGGCUUUUUCAGGCUCGUAAAAUGUUUGUAUUAAACCGCUCUACGUGAUCCUGUUUUUUUUUUUUUUUUUUAUAUAUUGUGUCAGUAAAUCAGGAUCUGAGGGUUAAAAGACGUGGUCAUUUCAACAGGCUCACUACUGAUUGGCUCUUUGGUUGCUAUGGUACUCCUGUCGGAAUACCGACAACCUCGGUGAGCUUCAUUUGACUGGAGCUAAACAUCAUGGGCAGGGGUGUAGUGGGCGUGGUACUCGGGGGUACGCCGUCCACCCACUUCUCCUGAUGUGAGAUAUAAAAAAAUAACACAUAUAAAAUAACCAACUUAAAUGUCAAACCGGAGAUACUGUCAACGGAGAAAACAACCUGCAUAGGCUCAUGAUGUCUGCAGUAAAAGUGACCUGAGACAUGAGGGAACCAGGGCUGAACCAGGUCUAAACAUGGACUAAACCAGGACUGAACCAGGACUAAACGAGAACUAAACCAGGUCUAAAUCAGCACUGAACCAGGUCUAAACCAGGAUUGAACCAGGACUAAACCAAGAUUAAACUGGGACUAAACCAGGACUAAACCAGGAUUAAAACAGGACUAAACCAAGACUGAACCAGGUCUAAACUAGGAAUAAACCACAACUGAACCAGGACUGAACUAGGUCUAAACCAGGACUGAACCAAGUCUAAACUAGGACUACACCAGGACUAAACUGAGGACUGAACCCAGGACUAAACCAGGACUAAAGUAGGACUAAACCAGGACUAAACCAGUAUUAAACCAGGACUGAACCAGGACUGAACCAGGACUAAACUGAGAACUGAACCCCAGGACUAAACUAGAAAAGCACUCAGAGAGCGCAGACCUCCGCCAAGGACUACCCCCAUUUUUUAUAUAAAUUGCGAUAAAAUCAGUCUUCUGGAUCAGAUCUGGAUCAGCCUUUGGAAUAUGAAAGAGGAUCCCAUUGUCCAUCCCUGAGUCAAAUUUCAUGGGGUUUGGUCAAUAAUUAACCAAGAUAUUGAGAAACAAAAUUUUUGGCCCCAUUUACCACAAUGUUAAUUCAAAUUUAAAAGUGAUCCAGAAUCCAGGAUUUCUUCCAGAUCACCCUCAAAAUGAAAUUAGUUCUUCCUUUUCACAUUUCCAACAAAUCCUGAAAAUUUCAUCAAAAUUGGUCCAUAACUUUUUGAGUUAUGUUGCUAACAGACAAACAAACAAACAAACAGACAAACGCCGGCAAAAACAUAACCUCCUUGGCGGAGGUAACCAGGUCUAAACAUGGACUAAACCAGGCCUGAACCAGGACUAAACGAGAACUAAACCAGGUCUAAAUCAGCACUGAACCAGGUCUAAACCAGGAUUGAACCAGGUCUAAACCAGGAAUAAACCAGAACUGAACCAGGACUGAGUGUCGGUACGCGUAGACCGUCAGGUGACCGCAGGUGAAAGGACUGGUGCAGAGAACCUCAAGCCCGACUGUGGGCUUGAGGUUCUCUCUCUCGCUCCAAGUCCAAGAUUAAUCCUGGUUUAGUCCUGGUUUAGUUCUGGUUUAGACUAGGCCUGUAACGAUAAUCAAUAAAUCAACCUGGAACAGUCUUCCUGAACAUGUGAGACAGACUCUUCUGUGACGCUGUUUAAAUCCAGGCUCAAAACAUUUCUGUUGACUGUGCAUAUAACUGAAACAUUCUGCACUCUUCUCUCCAAUUUAUGUGUCUCUUUUUUAAUUUUAAUCUUCAUGAUUAUUUAUGUUUUGAUUUGUUUUUAUUAUGAUUUUAAUGUAUUUCUUAUUCUGUAAAGCACUUUGAAUUACUUUGUGUACGAAUUGUGCUAUACAAAUAAACUUGCCUUGCCUUGCCAAUUAAUCAUAUGAUAACUUUUAACGAGCUUGAUAACUUUUUUUUUUUUAAAUUUGUUUGUUUUCCUCGCUCUCAAAGAGAGUGAAUGUUAGAAGGCUUCUCUGGCUCUCUGACUCCUUUUGUUUAACAAGUGUAAUGACGUUUGAACCAACGUGCGCUGUGUUUAUCAUCACGCCGCUGUCAGAGUGACAAAACAGUUCAUCUCCGUGUGCCAAAACAAGUCACGAUGCCGAAUCAACACUGACGAGUGGGACACGUCUCAACAGCCACGUGCGUCAAAUGCAGUGAGCGCAAUGCAAACGACGAGAAGAAAUGUCUCAAACCGCAGCAGCCCAUAAACCCAAACCCGAAGCGACACAACUAGCCCCGCCCCCGGACAGUGGUUCCCUCAUAGCAAAACAGCAUCCUGUGUCGCGGGUUAAUACGAACAUUUACAAUGACCAAAUGACGAGGCAACAGCAGCAACCAUAAAGAGAGUGGCCAUUAUGUACCAAUCUAAGUCAAUCACUAAAAUCACUUUUAAGGACAAUUUUGUUACAGAGACUUAAUAAUCCAUUUUAUUUACUGCUUUGGUUGUAUUUGUUUCAGCAAUGGUUUAUUCAAGUGCAGUUUUGUUAACAAGUCCUCGCUGUAAGCCAGACUACAUCAGGCGAGUCCUAUGUUAACAAGUCUGUUUUAUUUAGGUCUGUUGUUUUUGGUUGUUUUACAGUUCUUGUGUUAAAUGUUCUUAAGAAAGUAAGGUUUAUUGAUCUUUGAAAGGGUGUGUUUGCAUUUUUAUUCCAUGGUUAUUAUAAUAAUAAUAAUUAUUAUAAUAAUUGAAAUUGGUCUCAAAAUGUCAUCAUGAUCGUUUAUCGCAAUAAAUUCUUGGUCAAUUAAUCGUCCAGCAAAAUCUGUUAUCGUUACAGGCCUAGUUUAGACCUGGUUUAGAUCUGGUUCAGUCCUAGUUCAGUUCUGGUUUAGACCUGGUUUAGUUCUGGUGUAGUUCUCGUUUAGACCUGGUUUAGUCCUGAUUUAGACCUGGUUUAGUCCUGGCUCAGUCCUAGUUCAGUUCUGUUUUAGUCCCAGUUCAAUCCUGUUUUAGUCCUCCUGGUUCAGUCCUGGUUUAAUCCUAGUUCAGUCCUGGUUUUGUCCCGGUUUAGUCUUGGUUCAGUUCUGGUUUAGUCCUGGUUCAAGUCCCGGUUUAGUCCUGUUUUAUUCCUUCUGGUUUAGUCAUGGUUUAGACCUGGUUUAGUCCUGGUUUAGUCCUGGUUCAGUCCUUGUUCAUGUGUUCUAUGAUUUAUGUUCUGUAGAUGAUUAAGAAUGGCGUUAAUGUUAAUAACAUGAUUCCACAUUAUUUUGAGUAAAAUAAAUAAUAAUAAACAUGAAAUAUUACCGAUUUUGACUGAGCUGGCACCUUUACAUUCACUUUGUCCACUUCCAGAAUUGGAACUUGUCACUAGAGAUAAAUAAAGUGAUAAAAAUGAGUGAUUGACUAGUUUAUAUGAUCAGUUAAAGCUACAUUUGAUUUGAACAUGUUUACUUUGUAUAUAGGUCAUACAGGUCAAAAUGUCACAUCCUGUUCCUUUAAGCUGCAUGGAGUCCAACAUUUUGCCAGAUUUGAUCACGUGCCAGUCUCAAACCUCAAGACAGCACACAAGACAAAGUGUACAAUCGGAGAAGAGCAGCUGCUUUGAGGGUGGAUGUGUUAUGAUUAUCACAAAGUCCACAUGGUGUCUUUAAAGCAAUGACAGCAAGGACAUAUCUGCAAUUAGCCACAAAGGGAGACCACAAAAGAGAAUGAAUAUGAGACAGAUUCUCCAUUAUGCUCAGUACAAAAGAACGGCAUUGGACUUCAUGUUUUUACUUUUUGGGUUAGAGAAGUACUUCUAUGUUAUACUGCUAUAUCUGUAUUGUUAUCUUAAAGGUGCGUUGUGUGUGUGUUGUGUUGUGUGUUGUGUUGUUUCUAUGGAGAUGUCAUUGCUCUGCUUGGAAUGUUUCACAGUAUGACAGCUCUACCUUACAUUUAUUCAAUUCCAGGUGGUUUUAUGGCUCUAAAAUACCAAGAAAAACAGGAAUUAUGACUCUGAUCUGACCUCUAACCUCUAACUUGGGCCCCAUCCACACUAGUACAUAUUCGAGUUGUUUUCGUUGUGGAUGCAGUGUUCGUCCACUCUAAUUUGAUUGAAAACGGCUCCAGAGAUGGAACGAUCUGGUGCCGCCAGCCCCAACGAAUUUGUUUGUGUACAGAUCUGAUCUGGCACUGUGUGGACGUAGCUAUUUCAGUGCCAAAACGUUAAGAAGCUAGAAUAUAUGUCCAUUCAUAUAUACGGUCUGUGUGUAUGACCUGCAGACGUAUAAUCUCUGAAAAGUUUAACAUGAACCAUCUCCAACGCAAUAGAAGAACAGAACAGACUCACCAUUAGCAGAACACCCCUCUGUCACAGAAAGAACACAUAUAAUCCACCGAGUCGUGUCCUUUAGUCCAACAGAAACUGAACCACAUCAGCGCACAAUAGCGAGCUGUUUUUUGAGUGCUUAGUUUAUGCAAAUUAGCCAUGCAGUUUUAAGUUUCGUUUCUGUAAAUCAUAAACAAAUAUGUUCAAAGUUGUGUGGAUAGGGAAGGCUUGCCGACACAGAAACGAGUCAGUCCUACUCUGAGCCGCCAUGCUCAUCUUAAAAUCCAGUCUUACUCUAAGUAACAACUCAUUGUCGGUCCGCAAAAAGACUGUUUUUACACUUGCCAUCUCCCUCGGCUCAAAAUCAGCUGCUGCAACUUCAGACUUCCUUGUUUUUACCGCUCACGUGACGUCGGGAUGUUGUGACGACGUGACACCAGCCUAUCACGUGACUAGCGUUUCAGGUGGUUUUGCGUUACUGUGUGGACAGGAAACGCUUUGAUUGCGAACACAGAAACGACAAGUCUGGACGCGUUUCCGAUACACUGAUACGGUGAUACACGGAUUCAUUUUAGUGUAAACAGGGUCUUGGUCUGAUUUGGUUUUCAUGAAGAUAGAAAGGCCAAGCUUAAUGCCAUACUGUGAAACAUUCCAGACAAAGUAAUAAUGUCUCCAUAAAGAAAAGUAUUUGACGAAGUUACACAGU